CACUGCCGACCUGGAGGUGGUGGUGGUGGAGGGGCGGGACCUGGUGGGCCCCGACCCUCACGCGGCCGUCGACUCCUACGUCAGGGUCUUCCUCCUCCCUGACAAGUCCACCAACAUGCAGACUCGGGUGUGCAGGAGAACCAACAAUCCCACGUACCGAGAGAGGUUCUUGUUUGCUCUGGAGGAGGAGGAGCCUCCACUCCGCGCCCUGGCAUUCUACAUGUACGCCUCGGACAAGUUCACCAACACGCUCAUCGGCGAGGCUCAGCUUAGACUCACAGACGUCGACCUCUCGACCCCCUGCGCCCUCGUCCUCCCUCUCACAGACAUGGGUCAGAAGGGUGUUGGGUAUGGAGAGAUAAUGUUCUCCCUAUCGUACUUACCUACGGCUGAGAGGCUGACCGUGGUGGUGGUGAAGGCACGCAGUCUCCACUGGACAGGAGAAAAGACUACAGCUGACCCCUUCGUUAAGGUGUAUGUGCUGCAGAACGGUAAGAAGGUGAUGAAGAAGAAGACGAGUAUCAAGAAGGACACCCGUUCACCGGUGUUCAACGAGGCUAUGAUCUUCAGCGUUCCGGCCCCCGCACUUCACAAUAUCCAGCUGCGGGUGACGGUGGCCGAAUACAACAGUGAAGGAGGGCAGGCCAGGUCGGUGGGUCACGUGAUUGUCGGAACACAGGCUACUGGGAAGGCCCUCUCCCACUGGAACCAGAUGAUGUCCGCUCUCAGGAAGCCCAUCGGUAUGUGGCACCCGCUGCGACGGUAAUGCCUGUCAGGACGGUAGGCCAGGAGCGAGAGGAACCAAUCCUAAGAAAGCCAUUGAACGCUUCCAAGGAGGUUGUUUAAUGAAGCAGGAAAUUCGACAGAAGCAGUUUCAAGUUCGGUUGUGCUGAAGAACUGAUUAAGUAUUACCAAGACACUGGUUAAUAGUUUAUCAAAGUCAUAUCUCCUGUAGGUGUAUAAGGGGUGGUCUAUCUCGUGUACGGCUUUGUGCGAGUUGCCUGGAGAGGGAUGUUAGUGGUAGCUUCAAGAGUGGGUAUGUUACGGGUGAGAAUUGGUAUACUGUGGUAACCAUUUGAGAAUAAAUAUUAAACAAACCUUAGGUAAAGAUAGAUAAAUUACACAACAGUUGUUACAGAUAUGUGAACAGACAUAGGUUCAUUACACAAAUAAGUCAAAUUAAAUGGAUCAUUACAGAGAGCACGAAUAAAAAACACAAUUGACAAUAUUUAAUAGCAAUUACGGAAAGUAUGAAAAAAUAGUCAACAAAGCCAGCAGGCUUUGUUGCCAAGCACCGUUCAGGAAUAUCUAUAUUUGGAGAAGAGGUCGUCGCAAGGUGUAACAUACAUGGAGUCUGCUCUGUUCUCAUGGGAUUAAUGUCAUAAAAAGAUUUGUUUUAGAGGAUUGUGAUACGUGAAUUUAUAUGAGGGUCGAUAUCACUCUAGUGGCCUCGAAGGGGAGGAAGCCAGCGCCUUGUCAAAGGCCAUCUCAAUGUUAAGAAGGAUUUUUCUCAACAGCAUUUUGAUCUAGAGUGUCUCAAUAUUGGAGGUUCAAGUGUUAUUACCUGAUCUUGUUGGUUGAAGGAGUUAUAGAGGCCAGUGGUGACAUGAUGAUUCAAGGAGUUAUAGAGGCCGGUGGUGAAAUGCUGGAGGAGUUAUUGAGGCAAGUGUUGACAUAAUAGCUGGAGGAGUUAUAGAGGUCCGUGGUGACAUGAUGGCUGGAGAGGUUAUAGAGGCAGGUGGUGACAUGAUUGCUGGAGAGGUUAUAGAGGCCGAAGGUGACGUGAUGGCUGGAAGAGUUAGAGGCAGAUGGAGACGUGAUCGAUAGAGGAGUUAUAGAGACAGGUUGUGAGAUGAUAGCUGCAGGAGUUAUAGAGGCAAGUGGAGAUAUGAGAGCUGCAGGAGUUAUGAAGGCAGGUGAUGAGAUGAUGGCUGGUGGGGUCAUAGAGGCCGAUGGUGACAUGAUGGCUGGAAGAGUUAUAGAGGAAGGUGGUGACAUAAUGGUUCGAGGAGUUAGAGGCAGCUGGUGACGUGAUGGCUGGAGAAGUUAUAGAGGCAGAUAGUUACAUGAUGGCUGGAGAAGUUAUAGAGGCAGGUAGGGAAAUGGAUAGCGGGGUUAUAUAGGCAUGUGUUGACAUGAUGGCUGGUGUUACUGAGGUGGGGUGGUGACAUGCCAGCUACAGGAGUUAUAGAGGAAGGUGGUGAAAUGAUGGCUGUAGAAGUUAGAGGCAGGUAGUGACGUGAUGGCUGGAGAAGUUAUAGAGGCCGAUGGUUACAUGAUGGCUGGAGGAGUUAUAGUGGCAGGUGGUGAAAUGGUGGAUGGUGGGGUUAUAGAGGCAAGUGAUGCCAUAGUGGCUGGUGUUAUAAGAGGUGGGGCGGUGACAUGCUGGACACAGGAGUUAUAGAGGCAGGUGGUAACAUGAUGGCUGUAGAAGUUAUAGAGGCAGGUGGUGAAAUGAUGGCUGUAGGAAUUAUAGAGGCCGGUGGUGACAUGAUGGCUGCAAGAGUUAUAGAGGUAGGUGGUGACAUGAUGGCUGGAGGAGUUAUAGAGGAGUUAUAAGGUGAUGGUCCUUAUAGGAGUCGGUGGUGACAGUCCUUAUAGGAGUCGGUGGUGACAGUCCUUAUAGGAGUGGGUGGUGACAGUCCUUAUAGGAGUGGGUGGUGACGGCCCUUAUAGGAGUGGGUAGUGACGGUCCUUAUAUGAGUGGGUGGUGACAAUCCUUACAGGAGUGGGUGGUGACGGCCCUUACAGGAGUGGGUGGUGACGGCCCUUACAGGAGUGGGAGGUGACGGCCCUUACAGGAGUCGGUGGUGACGGCCCUUACAGGAGUGGGUGGUGACGGUCCUUACAGGAGUGGGAGGUGACGGCCCUUACAGGAGUCGGUGGUGACGGCCCUUACAGGAGUGGGUGGUGACGUUCCAGUGAGGAGGAAAUCGUGAUUCCUAAAAGAAAGGGACGGCUACGGUUCUUGAAGGAGGUGAUAAUGACAGUGCCUUUAGUAAAUGGUUGUCUUGUUGUUGUGUUGGAAUAGGUGGUGGUGUGCCUGGUCUUCUCUGGAGCACGAGAAAGUGAUUGGGUAAAUCACUUUAUAGUUUAUAGGGUAGAGGUGAUUUUUAGUAAACCUUCGAUGGACGUCGUUGACCGAGGCUGCAUUGAUGUAUGUUGUCAUGCUGGGAAGAAACUAUGUGAUAUAAAAUGAUUUCGUGUUGAAUAUACUAACGGAAUAUAUAUAUAU